UCCCAUGCUAUUCCCGAGGAAGAAACACACAAACCUUCUUCCAAGUGUUCUUCCCAUUAUUCUACAUUGUCCUCUCUUUGGUUCUCUAUUAUUUAUUAAUUGUGCACUCCUUUUGGUUCUCUAAUAUUUAUUUCCACCGUUUUCUUAAAACAAAAGCCUCUUCAAAUUCUCCAACAACUAAUAACCAAAAUGGCCACUGAAAAGCUUAGAAGUUGUGCAAACUUCCUUGAGAACUCUAAACCCUACUUUGCCAUGAUUGCUAUACAAUUUGGCUAUGCAGGCAUGAACAUUAUCACUAAGAUUUCCCUCAACCGUGGCAUGAGCCACUAUGUCCUCGUUGUUUAUCGUCAUGCCUUUGCCACUGCUGUUGUCGCUCCAUUUGCCUUCAUCUUUGAAAGGAAAGCUCAACCAAGGAUAACAUUCCCAAUUUUCAUGCAAAUUUUCAUCCUAGCUCUACUUGGGCCAGUGAUUGAUCAAAACUUCUACUAUGCUGGGUUGAAAUUAACCUCCCCAACUUUCUCAUGUGCAAUGAGCAACGUGCUUCCUGCCAUGACUUUUGUUAUGGCAGUUUUAUGCCGGAUGGAGAAGAUCAACAUGAAGAAGGUGAGAUGCCAAGCCAAGGUGGUGGGAACAUUGGUGACGGUGGCUGGGGCCAUGUUGAUGACCUUGUACAAAGGUCCUAUGGUUUGGACCAAAGAUGCACCUCAUAAUGGGCAAAUCAAUAAUGCAACAAAUACCACAACAUAUUCAGACAAGGAUUGGUUCAUAGGCUCUAUCCUCCUAAUCAUUGCCACUCUUGCCUGGGCAUCCCUCUUUGUUUUACAAGCCAAAGCCAUUGAAACCUACAAAAAUCACCAGCUAAGCCUCACAUCACUUAUCUGCUUCAUAGGCACUCUUCAAGCUAUUGCAGUUACUUUUGUUAUGGAACACAAGCCAUCCGUGUGGACAAUUGGCUGGGAUAUGAACUUACUUGCCGCUGCCUAUGCUGGGAUUGUUACAUCAAGCAUAACAUACUAUGUCCAAGGAUUGGUAAUUAAGAAGAAAGGGCCUGUUUUCGCAACUGCAUUUAGCCCUCUGAUGAUGAUCAUUGUAGCCAUCAUGGGCUCCUUUAUCCUUUCAGAGCAGCUUUUUCUUGGAGGUGUUCUUGGUGCUAUCUUGAUCGUUAUAGGCUUAUACUCAGUUCUUUGGGGAAAGCACAAAGAACAAGUGGUGAAGAACGAGGUAGAGGAUAUACCCUUGCCUGUAAAGGGUGCUCAACUUGAUGGAAACCCAGAAACACUUAUUGAUUCCACUGAUCAGAAAUCUGAUUCCAACAAGAUCUCUUCACAUAUAAUUAAUGUGUCUAUCCCUGAGCUUCCCAUGAAAUCUAAUAACAGUUAACCAAAGAAGAAGAAAAAAUCAGCAAAUUGAAAUGUGAAUAGGGAUGGCCUUUUGUUGUGCUCUCACCUAGUUUCAAUAUAAAAAAAAAAAGUUGGCUUAUCGAAAAAAAAGGAAGAAAAAAAAAUAGGGAUGGCCUUUUUCUAUUUUUAUUUUUUAUUUCCGGCAUGCAUGUCAUCUAUUUCCGUCCAUCAUGUUGUACCUUGUUGGCAAAUUCUCCAAUAGCCCAUUAAUCAAAAAGGAGUGUAGUUUUGUAUCUUU